GGUGGGGACGGAGUGGGCGUUGGGCCAGUGUGUGGGGAGAGGAGGCAAGGGCGGGCAGACGCCGCGUCGGGCGCCUCAGUGGCGCAGAGCCAGUCCCGCCCGCCCGCCCGCCUGAGCCAGCACCCCGGCGCCGGCAUGCCGCUCACGGACGAGGAGCGCGCGCAGGUGGCGCGCCUGUUGGACGCGCAGGGCGACGGGCGCAAGUUCCGCGACCCGGACUUCCCGCAUGCGCCGGCGUCGCUGGCGGUGGAGCUGCGCGAGGACGUGCGGGGCUGGCGCCGCCCCCGGAAAAUCGCCGAAAAGCCGCAGCUAUUCGUGGACGGUAUCAGCCACCACGACGUGCAGCAAGGAAGACUCGGCGAUUGCUGGUUUCUAGCGGCCGCCACAGCUUUGGCUCAAUAUCCAGACCUCAUUCGCCAAGUAAUGCCGGAGGAUCAACCUCUUUGCGGGAGCGACUAUCAUGGCAUAAUAGUUGCCCGCUUCUGGAGAAUGGGCCAAUGGGUGUCGGUCUACAUUGACGAUAAACUGCCCAUUGACGAAGACAACGAUUUGGUUUACGGCAAAUGCACAACGUCCAACGAGUUCUGGUUGCCCCUUUUGGAGAAGGCGUUCGCCAAGUUCCACGGCAACUACGAGAACAUCGUGGGCGGCUUCUCCAGCGAGGCGUUCCUCUCGCUGACGGGCUUCGUGAGGGAAGAGGACCGCAAGGGGUUGCCGGGGCUGCACGCGUACACGGUGACCGGCGUGGGGUCGCUGCGCCUGGGCGACGGCCUCGUGCGCCUGGUGCGCGUGCGCAACCCGCACGCCACUGGCGAGUGGGAGGGCGCGUGGAACGACAGCGAUCCAAACUGGAAUGAAAUAGACGGACAAAAGUUGGACGAGUUGGGAUACAAGAAACAAGAUGACGGCCAGUUCUGGAUAAAGAUGUCUCACUUCAGGAAACAUUUUCCCGAAGUAUGGUUGGCAGCGCGAUUGCCAGACUUUGGAGAUGAUUACGAAACACUUGCGCGACAGUCCUUCGUAGUAUCACAUUGUUGGGACGUUGGAUUGAAUGCCGGCGGCAGUGAUUGCAGUGAUCCCAAGUUUCUCACAAAUCCACAAUUCACGUUGAUCGUGCCACAAAGAGAUGAACCUGAGAGAAAGUCCGAAGAAGAUGAUGAAGAAAGUGAAAGUGAAGAGGAAGAAAUAGGUGACAUCGUUAUUCAGCUUAUUCAAGAACAAGACAGAAGCAAAUAUCAGGAUUUGAAUUCCAUUGGCAUAUUAAUUUUCAAGUUGACGCGCCCGGAAUCAUCAUGAAUGCCAAUCGUUUUGGCGCGCAGGUGGCGACGCGGAGGCGCGCAGGCUGACGCCGGCGAUGCUGGACGGGCUGGCGCCGGCCGAGGCCCUUUCGCAGCCGCCGCUGACGCAGAGCAGCGUGGUGGCGCGCGCGCGCCUGCGCCCAGGCACGCACAUCGUGGUGCCCUGCACCGGGGAGCCCGACGUCGCACGUCGCUUCCUGCUGCGCGUCUACAGCCGCAAGCCCGUCGCUUUCUUCAGCUAAGAGUCCACGCCCAACUGUUAGUGUGCUUCUGCUUCUUUUACCGACUUGGACUUCACAAAAACGUUUCAACGUUGUAAUCGUAUUAUUCUACUAUUGCUCUGUGGGAGAGAGCGAAGGAAAAUGGCGCUAAAUCUAAUGUGAAGGAGAGCCAAAUUAAGCUAUCAACUGAAUGUUAAAAAUAGAUGAAAUAUUAUUCAUAUGCAAAAUAGAUGAAACUUCAAAAAUCGUUCUAAUUUUAUUUUUCAGCACUCACCGUUCUUCAUUUACUUAACAUUAGAACACUACUCUCUUGAUUUUUAUUGUAGCGUUCCUGGGUUGUUUUCUUAACACUUUCAUUCGCUUGCCACUUAACUAGUACUACAACAUCAUAUAAUUUUUCAUAUUAUUUGUAACUUCUUCAAUUUAUGGAAAUUCAGUGUAAAAUACGAAAAUGGAACUUGCACGACUUCUGAGAACUCAGUGGGCCUAAUCUUCCAUACACACACUGCUGGAUUUCGAGACCUGAAAGAAAUAUCGGAGGAAUUUAAAUUCAAUUCUUUCAUGGUCAUGGCAACAAAUGCUAACAGCCCGAAAUUUCACCUGAUGGCCUCUUCUGGAUCUCCCAAAAAUCGCUUCGGGAUACCCUGGAGGGCAGCGGGUCUGAGUCUGAGAACUUAUUACUGAUAAUAAAGGAAAUUUUGAAUUGGAAAAGAACUUCAGUUUAGUAUACAGAAAUUAAAUUGUGAUUCAUUAUUACAAAUUAUUAAUAUGGGACUUUAAUUACGUUCCGUUAUUUUUGACGGGUUACCUUUAACCUGUACUAAUAAACCAUAUCUAAGUUUAAGCAUUAUUAUCUAUGAAUAUAAAAUUUGAAAAAUGUCGGCGUUUUAUCUAGUUAACUCUGCAACGCGGCUGAAUUGCGCAGUUGACGUGACACGUUUUGAAGGUUAUAUUGCAGUGCAGUGGGCUUUGGUCUACGACAGUGAAUACAAGCGAUCGGUGAAAUGUGUGAUCUCUUAGUGUCAGACCAUGGAGGAAUAUAGUAUUUGUAUUUUUCUAGGGUCACACUUCCCAAGGGCAAAUGGUUGGGGCACGGUCAGCGGAAGCAUGUGACGAAAACAGUCGAACGAUUUCAUGAGCGACUGUGUCCAAGGUAAUGGAAGUAGACACAAAAUAUGGUGAAACAUGAUGAGAGCCGAAGUUAUCUUUGUGAUCGACGAACGUUAAAAAAGACGAUGGCCAGACAACAACG